AUGAACACAGGGAAGACUUUGAUCCAUUGUACGGUGCACACUUUACACAUGGGAUUUUCAGGAGAGACAUUUCAUGGCCACUCAGAUUACAUUAAUGAUCUGGUGUUUGCUCCCAAAGAAGGUCAAGAAGUUGCAAGUGUAAGUGAUGAUCACACCUGCAGGGUCUGGGAUUUGAAAGGAAAUGAGAAGGCCCAUUUUGUUUUACGUUCUCCUGGAAUGAGUGUUUGCUGGCAUCCUGAGGAGGCUUUUAAGCUGAUGGUAGCGGAGAAGAAUGGAACAAUACGAUUCUAUGAUCUAAUUACACAGCAGGCCAUUCUGUCCCUAGAGUGUGAACAAACACCUCUGAUGUCAGCAGACUGGUGUUUAAAAAAUACUCUUAAAAUUGGAGCAGUUGCUGGAAGUGAUUGGUUAAUCUGGGAUAUCACUCGCUCCAGUUAUCCACAGGAUAAAAGACCCGUCCAUGUUGAUCGAGCCAGAUUAUUCAGGUGGUCCCAAGUGAAUGAAAAUCUGUUUGCAACCACUGGAUAUCCAGGAAAGACAACUACUCAACUACUUGUUCAUCAUUUAGGACAUCCCCAGCCCAUUCUUACUGGCACUGCAGCUGUAGGAUCUGGUUUGACAUGGCAUAGAACUCUUCCAUUAUGUGCAGUCGGAGGAGAUCAUAAAAUUUUCUUCUGGGUAACUGAAAUGUAAAAUAAGCAUUUGCCUUCAAUAUGAAACUUCACAGCAUAAUGUCUCUUUCCUAGUAAAACGAAGGAAUUUACUCUUUGUACUGGUAUUAUUCACUUGGAGAAUAUAAGAAAGGAACAAGUAAAAUAGGAAACAUUUGUGUUUGAGAGCUUCUGUAAGAUCGGUUAUCAUACAUCUGAUACUUGGUUACUUCCCUUAAAAUAAAAUGUACGCUUUUUUAAC